AUGGUUUCUGUGGAUAAUGUUGUGCUCAGUUUAGCAUCUAUUCCUUUUUUGGGUUGUUGUGGUGUAGAUGCUGUAGGAUUAAGUGGUGGUUUGUUCAUUUUUUGGCUUGCUCCUUUUAGUGUAGUUCUAGUGUUUAUAUCUCCAAACUUUGUAGUUUGUAAAAUAGAGGUUGGUGAUGUGAUAAAAUUUGUGAUCUUUGUGUACGGGGCACCUCAUGUAGCAGAUAGAUCAGAUCGGUUGAAUUUGGGGUUAGUGACUGUUCCUUUUUCUGGACCUUCUUAUACUUGGACAAACAAUAGAAUAGAGGUGGACCCGACUUUUGAAAGAUUAGAUAAGGCAUAUGCAACUCAGGAUUGGUUUAUUGAUUAUCCGGACUCCAUUGUUCAUCAUCAACCGAUUCUAUUUUCGGAUCACACAACUAUUAUCUUUUCAGACUCGUUACCUCAAGAUUCUGUUCGGCGACCUUAUAGAAUCGAAAACUGGUGCUUAUCUGCUCAGGAUACUUCUAGGAUUAUUAAGGACGGCUGUCGUUUAGAAUUUACAGGAUCUCCGUGUUUUACCUUAUCUCGCAGGCUUGUUGUUAUUCGCAGGCGACUUAAAGACUGGUGCCUUAGCCACAAGAAAUCUUGGGGUAUAAACUGGAAAGCUUUAUGUUCUGAUUUGUCUUCUUCUUCUACUCAAUUACAAUCCCCAGUGGCGCGAGAUGCUGGAGGGGAGUCACACUCCAAAUUACUGUUUUCGGUGGUCCAAGCUCGUCGUCGUCGUAAUCUGAUUGUCAGUUUGAAGAAUGAUGCUGGUAUUUGGGUUUCGGAUUCUCUUGGGCUUCGCUCUCUUAUUCAGGCCUUUUACUCUGAUCUAUAUUCUCAUGUAUCUCCAUUUGGGAGUGACCCUCCUUUUUCUUGGGAUCACCUUGGCCUCCCGACGCUAUCCUCGUCUCAAAAGGACAUGUUAAUGGCCCCGUUCUCGCCUUCUGAGAUUAAAGCUGCAAUGUUUCAUAUUUCUAACGACAAAUCUCCUGGGCCUGAUGGCUUUACUUCGGCUUUUUUCAAUACUCAUUGGGAUCAUACUGGGCAUUUGGUUAUCUCGGCAGUUCAAUACUUUUUUGCUCAUGCAAAAUGCAUUACUGGCCGUCUGCGAGGGGUUCUUCCAUCUCUUAUUUCAGGGUUCCAGAAUGCCUUUGUGCCGGGUCGCCUAAUUUCUGAUAAUGCUUUGGUAGCUCACGAGCUUCUAUCCUUUAUGAAUGCUUCUAAAGCUCGGAAACGUUUUUAUGCGGCUCUAAAGUUGGAUAUGAAUAAAGCUUAUGAUAGAGUGCGCUGGGAUUUUUUAAGUCAGGUUUUACGGGCCUUUGGUUUUCCGCCUUAUUCGGUUCAUAUUAUUGAGCAGUGUGUUACAACUGUCUCGUACCAGGUUCUUGUGAAUGGGAGUCUUACACCGUCCUUUCGACCACAAUGUUGUCUUAGACAAGGUGAUCCUCUGUCACCAUAUCUAUUUGUUUUGUGUAUGGAGGUGUUGUCGACCUCUCUUAGGCGGGCGGAAGAACAGGCUUUGUUUUCUGGUAUUCGUGUGUCUAGGGGCGGACCUUCGAUUUCCCAUCUGUUCUUUGCAGAUGAUUCGCUGUUAUUUUUCCAACUUUCGCCCCAAGCGUGUGACAAUGUCAUGGCCAUUCUUUCGGAUUUUUGCUCUGCUUCGGGUCAGAUGAUUAAUCUUCAGAAGUCCUUUGUCAAGUUCAGCCCAAAUACCCCUCAAGACUACCGUGAUUUUUUAGCUCGCAGUCUUCGACUACAAUCGAAGGCUUCUUUUGGUACUCAUCUAGGUCUUCCUGUUGACCUUGGAAGGAGUAAAGUCGCGGAAUUCAGGUUUCUAAUUGACAAGGUUGCUAGCCGGUUGUCUGCUUUUGCUUCUCUUCGCUUGUUAGCAGCAGCGAAACUGGCUAUCAUAAAUUCGGUUUUGAUAGCAUCGUUUAAUCAUAUCUUGUCGGUUUUCAAGAUUCCGUCUUCUGUAGCUUCUCAACUUGAUAGCAUGCUUGCCAACUUUUGGUGGAGAUCGUCUGGUUCUCGGAAGGGUUUGGCGUUGCGCUCAGUGUCUCUUCUUCAUUUACCAAAAGGUUUGGGGGGUUUGGGUGUGCGCAACAUUGCUUGCUUUAAUUCAGCUAUCCUUGCUGGUACAGGGUGGAGGAUGAUUCGAAAUCCUCAACUUUUGGUUUCUAGACUCAUGUUUUUGAAGUACCCCUCUCUGCCAGUCAAUCUGGGAGCUCGGAUUUCUCGCCCCUCUUGGGGCUGUCGUGGGUUGCAGAUGGCUCUUUCGGCUGUUUCUUCUGGUGUACGUUGGAAAGUGGGUAGAGGUGACAAGUCGGAUCUUCCGACUCAUGUGUCUGGUAUAAUUGAUCCGCGUUCUAACGCGUGGGACUCCUCGAGAGUCCAUCGGUUUUUUGAUAGUCCAACUGCCGUCAGGAUCCUUAGUUUGGAUCGUCCGCAGGAGCUUAUGGAUGAUUUUGUAUAUUGGAAAUUUACCAAGGAUGGCUCCUUUUCUACGAAGUCUGCCUAUGCUCUCUUACUUCAUCAGACUAUCAGGUGUCCUCCUUUGGGGUCCUUGCCUAUUCCCUGGUGGAAGAAAUUUUGGGCGCUCCCCCUUCUUCCUAAAUGGAAGAUCUUUGGCUGGAAAAUAAUUCAUGCUGGUAUUCCGGUUGCCUCAGCUCUAGCUGUUCGCGGCGUUUCCGUGGAUUCGACUUGCUGCUUUUGUCGAAGGGAGCAGGAGACGAUCAACCAUUUGUUUCGAGACUGUGAUUUCGUUACUCCUUUAUGGGUUCGCAGCUCGUUUCAUUUCAAUAGUCAGGGUCUUCUUCAUCUUCCCUUUCUCCAAUGGUUUUCUGUUAUGGUCUCGUUGUUAGCGGCUGCUAAGGAUUGGGAGAACUUGGUGCAAUUUUUCUCCCUUCUUUGGUCUAUAUGGUUGUCCCGUAAUAAUGUACGUUUUCGGCAACAAGCUGUCUCUCCGGAUGAUGUUUUGCUUCUUGCUUCUCAGUGGAAUGUGCGAGGGAGGCAGGCUCAGGAUUCUCACCUUCCUUCUUCUACUUUGGGUCCUAGCCCUAGGCCUGUUGGUUCGGGAUUUGCUGCCACUCUUGCUGGGGACCCUACGUCGGGGUUUAAUAUUUGUUUGAUUUGCGACGGGUCUUGGUCAUCCUCGGAUAAUUCGGCAGGUGCUGGUUGGGUUCUUCGUGAUUGUGGUUCUCCUUCAGUCCGAGGAGGAGGGGCUCGUGCUUCUCUCUCUUCUUCAGCCUUACAGUCUGAGUUACAAGCUUGUUUUUGGGGGUUACGCAAUGCUUUUUCUCGUGGUUUUCGUAGGAUUCUUAUUUACUCGGACUGUGAGCCUCUGUGUCGGAUGUUAGGCCAACAACAGAAAGAUGAGGUUUCUUUAUACUGGUUACUUCGGGAUACUCGGGUUCUUUUGUCUACCUGUGCGGCUUGUAAAAUUCUUAAGGUUCCUAGGGAAUGGGUGUCUCCUGUACACUGGUUGGCUGGAAAGGCUCGUGCUCGGGAGUGUUUUUUUUGGUAUUUUUAG